UGUGAACUCUGUGACCUUCACUUAGUGUGGCAAGAGACUUGCUUGAACGUGGAUCUUCACCACAUAGCUAUAGGAAAAUACAAGAAUGUAACAUACACAAAAUUCCAGGCACACAUCAAGGAAUGGGCGCGGCAAGUAAAAUAUUCACACUAUCUGGAAUGCUUCAUCAGCUGUGCCACCAGCUCUACAAGGUCUGUUAUGAUUGGUUGGAUGGAGAAGCACACGUCUGUCAAUCAACCUACAAAACAGAGUGCCACAUCUAAGAAGGAGAUCCAGCGAACAUCUGCAUUUACGAUAUCGCAAGGUGUGAACGCCUUCGACUUUAGCGACCAGCUGAAUCUAAUUGCUACAGCUGGAGUAAACCAUCAUGUGUGUUUGUGGAAUCCUUAUGUAGUCUCAAAACCAAAUGGGAUUUUGCGUGGUCACAUGGCCAGUGUAGUACAAGUCCAAUUCAUCAAAAGCCGUGGUCAACUCAUCAGCUUCUCUAAGGACAAGGUUUUAAGAAUCUGGGACGUCCAGUUGCAAGUGUGUAUUCAAAGACUGGCUGGCAUGUUUCCAAAAGGUCCAGAAGUGUAUAGCUCAUUAUUCUUUGACGAGGGUAAAGACCGACAUGGAGUUGAACGCAAUAGGUUAUUUAUAUCCUUCAACUAUCAGCUGACCUUGAUGGAGAUGAAGGCCGAGAUCAGGGACAGGAUCAUGUCACAUGAGAAGCCGGUCGUAGCUGCAAUCUAUAACUCUGUCUAUAAUCAGGUUGUGAGUGUUUGUCAAGCUGGGACCAUGGUGAUGUGGAUGAUAGAUACAGGUCAAAAGGUCAAACAGUUCAACAGUUGCCAUGGCAGCGCAGAGGUCACUUGUUUAACCCAGGACUCGACAGAGACGAGGCUCCUUACUUCAAGUACAGAUGGCACUGUUAAAAUUUGGGACUUCAAUGGUCACUGUUAUCAUACAUUAGACUGCUCAGGUGGACAACCCGCUGAUAUUGGCCAAGUUCUGAGUUUGAAAAGAAGUGUAGUAGCAGUCGGAUGGGCAAAAUAUGUAACUGUAUUCCGGGACACAAGUUUCCGAGAGUUUCAUGUGUUACCUUCUGAUUGGAAAGGAGGUCAGGAACACGCAGAAGAUGUCUUAUGUGCGGCUUUCCAGCCCCCAAAUAUCCUGGCAACAGGAUCCUAUGAUGGUGAGAUUGUUAUAUGGAAUACAAACUCAGAGCAUUCGUCCAGACAUCUUACACAGAGAAUGAAGAAAAGAACAAAAUCUAGGAGCAGCACAUUUGUUACCAAAACCAGAGAGAAUACUAAUGUGUCAGCAAAAUCAAGGCAAGCAUCAAGGGCCAGUUUACAUAGCAGGGGGAGUGGUAAAGAUGAGGAUAUUAUGGAAAGUGAUGAAAAAGAAGAGAAUGAAUACAGCUGGGCCAUAUCCAAGUUGCUAUUUUUAGAAGCAAGGAAAGGUAACUCUGCCAGUGGUUGCGCUAAUUUGGUUUCUUGCGGUGGCAAUGGAAUUGUAAGGUUCGGGAACUUUCCAAAAAAACCUUUGAGGGCCGAUUUCACGGCCCCCUUUCAAAAGGCAUUGCGUACACAGUUUCAGCCGCAUCAGGACAUGAUCAACACGCUGGAGUUAUGCGAGAGAAACGAACGUUUGAUAAUAAUCUCUGCCUCCUCGGACUGUAGUGUGUCGUUGUGGGACGUUCAUGGCAAUAGAAUCGGCACAUUUGGACAGGAGGAACAUUGGAAGAUAGAACCUUACAACCAGGUGGAGGAGUUGGAGGAGGAAGUGGAGAGAGAGGAGGAGGAGGAAGACAUCGAGAUGGAAGUGGAGAGCGAUCACGAGUCGGAGUGGACGCCUAACCCGAUGGCCACGGAAAACCCGAGUGAAUACAGGGUAGACACCUGGGAAUCCACUCAUCUUGGUAAGGAAUACCAAGAAUCAAGGAGGAAUAAGAGACAGCGCCAGCAGCCGGGAACCAUUCCUGAUCUUGCCUAUUUACACUGGGAGAGAACUGGGGCGCCACCCUCAGGACCUUAUUCUGUGAGUUACCUCCCUUUGUUUUUUCUAAAGAAUUCUUUGAGGACAGCCUAUGACGAGAAGUCCUUGUUCCCGGCUUACAUACGUGAGUUUGAGGCAAAAAUGAAGAAUUUCCAUACACAGGCACUCUCCAAUACUCAGCCCAAACAUUCCCAACCAAAGACAAGACCAAGCUUACAGAAUAUCGGACUACAACUGGGCGCUCAGAUGUCCUCAAAGAGCCCAAAACCUCAGAAUGUCAGGCAGAAAGGACUUUCGGGUCUCAGGUUGAAGCCCCUGGGUGGCAUUCAGUCCAGGAGAAGUUCCGUGACAACAGAGUCUUAAGGUGCCACCUAGAAACCAACAUCUAGACUUGCACUGAAGUUUUACCCGAGGACUCUUCAGUAUGAAAAAUUACAACAUGCAAACUCUUGCUGUAAAUUUUAAUUUUUCUAAGACUCUUUGAAUUUUAUGUGUGAAUUCAGUUUGAAUUUAAUCUUGAGAAGUUAGUAUGUAUUUUAUCAAAGAACUCGGUAUAAAUUGAUUUUUUUCUAAAAUCUUGAUAUAUUAUGAUUGCGUUUGAAAUCAGUGUAAAUUUUACUUGAGAACAUAGUUUGAGUCUUA